UCUUUUCUCCGAUAUGAUUGUUCCACCAAUUCCCAUAGCUCGAUCAAGCAGUAGUACCUGGAAUCGAGGCUUGGCGAAAUAAAAUCCUAAGAAGUCAACAUUUUGUUGGGAACGUUUUUUAGUAACCGAUUUUCUAAACAACAAUUGACUCUAGUCGAAUCGAGUUAUCGAGAACACGUAUUAUGAAAUAUGUAUGUAGUGAGUACUGGAACUCUAUAACUUUGUUGGGUUCCCUUUCCCAUGAGACGAUACAGUUCUAGGGCUGCAAACGAACGGGCUGCUCGCGAGCAACUCGUGGCUCAGCUCGUUAAGGCUCGGCUCAGUUUGUUUAGUAACAAGCUGAUCUCAACACUCAAAAUGUCGGCUCGGCUUGCAAAAGCUCAGCUCGUACAUGUAGGCUCGGCUCUUAAAGAGGCUCGUUAAGUAAAUUAACUGGGCUUGGCUCGUUUACAACCGAGCUGAGCUCGAACACAACAAGCUCGGCUCGGCUGCACCACUAAAGGAUACUGUCAUUACUGGUAUGCCUACCAUGUGUUCGUCAAAAAUCUCAAGUGUUGUUACUGACAUCUUCUAUAGAAUUUCUGAUGAACUUCCAAUUAUACCUGACUGGGUAUAAUUGGAAAUAUCACCUCUUAACACGUUUGUGAUAUAGUCCUCUCUAAUUUUACUGCAUAUUAUCCCCAUCAUUUGGGCGCACUUGGUUCCUAUUGCUUUAAUUCUAUGCACAAUGACCUGCCACCUCGAGUGCUACCAAUAUGCAGCAUACACUCUUUUACAUAAGGUUCACAAGCUCAGGAUAUAGGUUCUGUAAGGCCUUUAAGUGAUACCAGAGGCAAUUGUAUGUGAUAGGUGUGCUUAGGUGGAUGGAGGAUGCGCUAAGGAUGUCUUGAACAUUGAAAUGGAAUAUCGAUAUUGCUUAUGCUCUGCCCUUCAUGAUCUUCAUCCUACAGAUUAGCAACAAUGGUGAUUGCUUCCAACACCGAUCCCCCAAUAUAGUCGUUAAUGAUGGAGAUAUAGCAAGUUCAACAAGGCUGAAAAUGGCAAUUGCAGUGUCUUUUUCAUCUCAAAAUAGAGUGAUUAUACCCCUGAAGUCCCAGUUCGUCCCACCUGUGUCUCUAUGGACAUCCAACACCGUUUUUAGAAAUCAUAGAAAAAAGAGGAACUGGAGAAGUCUACGUAUUUCAGCAGGUCAUUCAGCUCCCAAAAUAGUUCGUGAUCGUUUGCUGGACAGUCAUGUGGUGAGGCAAAACAAAAUUCGAUUUGUACAAAAACUGAAAACUCUACUUCUUUCGAAACCAAAACAUUACAUGCCACUCCACAUUCUCUCCAAAUGCCGCUCCUAUCUAUCCCUAGAAAAGCAACGUUCCCUCAUGACUAUGAUCCGUCGAUACCCUACCAUCUUUGAACUCUUCACAAUCCCAACGGCUCCCAUUCCAUUUAAUGCAACAAAACCCUAUUGUCAGCUCUGUGUCCGUCUUACCCCAGCUGCAGCUGCUCUUGCAACUCAAGAAUCCCAUCUCAAAUCAGCCAUGUCCGAAAGCUUGAGUGGGAAGCUCCAAAAACUUCUCAUGCUCUCCUCCCACCGACGAAUUGUCUUGUCAAAGCUUGUUCACCUUGCCCCCGACCUUGGCAUGCCUCCUAAUUUCCGAUCCAAACUCUGCAACCACCACCCAGACAAGUUCAAGACUGUUGACACCUCCUAUGGCCGUGCGCUGGAGCUUGUUUCAUGGGACCCACAUCUAGCUUACGCUUUACCUGCUCCUGAAGCUAAAUCCGGGCUGAUUGUAGAUAGACCACUGAAAUUCAAGCAUUUGAGACUCCGAAAGGGGCUGAACUUGAAAAGACCUCAUCGUGAAUUUCUGAUCAAGUUUGAAGAACUGCCCAGUGUGUGCCCUUAUAAAACUACCGCGGUUGAAUUAGUGAAGGAGUCCAUCAAGGCAGAGAAGAGGGCUUGUGCUGUGGUGAGGGAGGUCUUAGGAAUGACUGUUGAGAAGAGGACUUUGGUCGAUCACCUGACGCAUUUUAGGAAGGAGUUUGGGCUGCCGAACAAGUUGCGGGGGAUGCUAGUGAGGCACCCAGAAUUGUUCUAUGUGAGUUUGAAAGGACAGAGGGACUCUGUGUUUUUGGUUGAGUGCUACAAUGAUAAGGGUGCACUCACACAGAAGGAUGAAACUUCGGUUAUAAAAGAUCAAUUAAUGGAGUUGGUUAUAGAAGGGAAGCGGUUGAGGCGAGAGUGGAGAAAUGGUGGCUUUAGGGAUGAUGAUGUUGGUAAUGGUGUUGCUAGCGAACCUGAUGAUGUCGAUGAUGAUUAUGAUGAUGGCUUAGAUAACCUGUUUGAAUCUGACAGCGAUGAUGAUAACGAUGGUGGCAGUGAUGACGACGACGAUGAGGGUGACUACUUGUUAAGCCCAGAGAAGAAGCAAGAGUACUGGAGUGUCGAAGCUGCUGAUGGUAAAAGGGAUUUGCAACCGUGGUAAGUAACUUCCACUCCCAUGUGCUUAAACCUCGGCAAAAGGGAUAAUCAUUCUGUGUUAUAAAUAUGAGGGAAAUGUGCAGUUGUAAAAUGCCACUCUAGUUGUGUUACAUACGAACUGCAACGUUUUAUUUCUUAAUGUACCCAAAUUUAUUGGUGUUACAAGUCAAGUCGAGAUGCAAAGUAUAAACAUGA